AAGCUCGAAUUUGUUUUUACUCAACAAUCUUUAUAUUCAAAAAGAUGAGAUUUUUAUGCUUGAUGUAACUGCAGCAGCUGCCGAUUAAUGUAUUUUGCUCUUCUUCUUGUGCUUGAUAGUUAAGAAGCCGAUUACAUCUGCGGAUUAUGUGGAUUCGUUUGCUGUCAAUUGUUUUGCAGAUAAUUAUAACUUCUAUAUCUGUUUUUGUGAUGAUGAACAUUCUUAAGAUUGAGGGUUUUUCUUGCCAUCUCAAUAAAUAUACUUUAUUUAUUUAAUUUUUAAAGAAAAUAUUGAUGAUGGGUGCAAAAAUUGAAGCUCUGGUGUCAAUCUUGAAAGAAUAGAAAUGAAUUGCUUGAUAGUUGUACAUUAUUUCAGCUUGAAGUUUGGGUAUAUCUCAUUGCUUCUGUUUAGACUAUUUUUGUCUGGAAAUGAUGGUACAUUUAGGCUCUGAAUCUGUUUUUAGCAUGUUUGUCUUGUCAUUUUCUCAUAAGUUUUCCUAAAUUUGGUAUGAUCAAACCUUUUGAUCCUCUGACCUCUAGAGAGCUUCUAGAUUAGAUAUCUAUAUAUCGUAUCUUAGUUUUGAAACUGAAAACGCGAAGAUCUUUUCAUGUCAUGCUGUUGUAUACCUGGUAUGUUAGGGUUCUUGAUGUCGAAUGUCGGGUUUAGAAUCUAUUUUCAGUUUGGGAGUUGAAAUCUAAACAGAUAAAAUCUUAGCUUUGGGACAUUCGGGGAUUUAAGGAUGCUCAUAAGCUUCAAUGAUCUGUACGUGAUAUUUAAGGAUGCUCAUAAGAUCGGAGAUUCUUAUAACAUUGUGCUUCUAGGUUUUGCAUUCUUAUGGUCUCAGUGCAUUCUUAUGCUUUGUUGCAGUUGAUGACCAGCCAAAUGGAUAUGAUAUUGUUGCAGUCCAUGUCCCUUGUUGUUAGCAAAAGAUGCGUGCUUCCCAGGCAUAGUUGUGGCUUUCAGAAUCUUAUCGAUUCACAAAACUUAUCAAGACAAACUCAAAAACUUGAUUCAGCUUGUAGAAACAGUUCACUGUCGAGUAAAGGAGGAUGUGGGGUAGCAUUUGCACUGAACACCGAUGGAUUCACAGCCAACAAUGACAACAGAGACAACUCUGCUCUUGGCGAAACUCGUUUGGGGAGGAUAGCAGGUGGAAGGGAGUUACUGAGUAAAUUGAACUCUGCUAGGAAAAACUUCCCCAUGAAGGUUUUUCUCCUGCUCUUUGGCUUCUACACGGCUAAUGCUCUUGCAACGAUCCUUGGCCAGACAGGCGACUGGGAUGUGCUCGUAGCUGGAGUAGUAGUAGCUGCAAUCGAGGGCAUUGGCAUGCUCAUGUACAAAAAGCCCAUGACAACAGGGAGACUGCAGUCUCUAGUGGUGUUGAUCAACUAUUGGAAAGCCGGUAUUUGCUUAGGCUUGUUUGUUGAUGCUUUUAAGCUAGGUAGUUAAGUUUCUUCUCUUCGAAAAUGAGAUAUUGUGUGUAAAUCCUUUAGGAAAUGCAUAUACAUAGGCUUCUGUAACAUUCAAGCUACCAUUUUGCCAUAAUCAGAAUGUUGAGAUUGUUUUGUCUGGUAAA